CUUUUUAACGUAAACAAGGCCUAAGUCUAAUUUCAUAGAAAGUCACAGGCGUUAGACAAUUACUCAGACGAAAUAUCCUAGAAAUGAAUUCUGAAAUGUCUCAGGUAAACUUUAUCAUACCUGAAAGGGGAUGCCAGGCAGAUUUUUCAAUCUACGCUGUGUCUGCUAUGAGACAAGAAAAAAUUCUAGAUUGUAUGUGGUCUGAUGAUUAUGACUGUCAUAUUGCUGCUGAAUAUACAUUCAAACGACAAGAGGAUUCUGUACUAAUCACGUUGGCACAGAAAGUGGAAAAGGAAUUAACAACUUUCAUCUGUAAAAUCCUGAGUCAGUCUGAAACUUACUCCGGAAAGUGCCGCUGUAACCUAAGAGAAAACUAUGAAGUCAAAUCUGAAGCCCAAGUUAUUACAAAAGAUACAAGUAUCGCAAGUGGAGAACCAGAAACCGCUCCUAAUGAUAAAACUGUCAUUGCAAUUGUAAUUCCGAUCGUGAUCCUUCUGUCGACCAUCAUUCUCACCUUGAUUUUUCGAAAAAGGCUAUUUAAAUGGUGUACAACUGGACAAAAACCACCAUCAUCUGAAAGAUGUCAAGAAUGUAAAGACACCCAUGAUAGUGUUGGUCCUCACGAAGUGCUUUUAAGCAUCGACGAAUGCAAAAUUUCACAAGAAGCAGAAAAAGCAACAGGAACCAAAGAAACUUAUACUCGCUGGCAUAAAUCAGUGGGUUGUGGCUAUUUUUCAUCUAUUAUUCCCUUAAUUAAAAGUGAAAGAUCAAAUCAUCCUUCAUCUCAAACUGGCUCACCAACUAAAGCAACAAGUUCUGAUGAUCACAAGACUUCAUACAUAGAUCAUAGUGUCAUUGAAGUCAAAGCCAAGGACAUCAAUUUGAAGAAAUCACGGGACUGUGCCUGAAUUGCUAACUGACAAGAUUAGAUAGAGGACAAAACAACACAUUCAACAUCCUGGACAACGUAGUCAGAGUUUAGUUUAUUCCUUGUUAUUCCUCGAGGAGCAUAGGGCCACAACAACACCUCGCCAGCGGACCCGGUAUAGGGCAACCCCCUGUCAGUUGGGCCUAUGUGGUUCCUAUGUUCUUUCCCUCGCUCUCUCUGGAGCUUUAAUCAACUGAAAAUAAACUCGCCCUAUGAGCUGGUUUUGACAAGUCACUUUAAAGAAGAAGAUAACUCAGAUUGUUAUUCAGUUUUACAAAGCGAUUCCUUCCCUUAAAACUCUCUGAAUCCUGUCAUCAUUGUCAUCAUAAACUAUACUCAUGGUUACAUUUGAUAUUAUGUUGAGAUUCAACCCACAUUAUAUAUUUUGCUGCAUUGCUAAUAGUUGAAUUUAGUGUUUAGACGGGUUUUUUUUUCCUUUGGCAUGGGCUUUGUGGUGAGUAGGGAUGUUAUUGGACAGGAUCGGUAUAUAAAGAGAGCCUUAUAAUUGGUAAAAGUUUAUUCCUGUUUGCUAUAUUCUCUGUAUAUAUAUAUAUGUAGUCAUUACUACAUGUAUGACAUGGACCCUAAUGUCUGUAUAUAUGUUUAUGCAUGUACAUAAUAUAUAAUUUUUAUAGAUAUUAUGUGUGUAUCGUUCUGCUCGUAUUUGAAAUUGUAUGAUGAUUUGUAUUGAUUUAUAACGGGUAUAAACUUGAUUUGAAAAUUCAAGGAAAUAAAAGAUUGGAAAAAAA